AUCCGCUAAAUCUCAAGGCUUCGCGUAAUCUUCCGAAGCUUUUCCAAAAAUCUGCAAACAUGUUCUGUCUUAGCGAGAUGGAAGAUACAGUAAGAGUGCCUCCGGAUCUCCUUAACCUCCCACUCGAAGUUGCCAUUAAGAAAGUGCUUCAAAAGUUAUUAUUGAACAAGGUUUGCUCAUUGACCUUCUGUUUCCCUUAUACAUACACACUCUCUAAUCUUACCAAAAAGAGUUUUUUUUUUAAAAAUAAAAUACAAAAGGUUCUGUCAAUUGGCCUCUGCGUGUCUAUUUACGACAUAAAAUCAGCAGAAGGAGGUUUUGUCUUACCCGGUGAUGGUCCUGCCACCUACAAGGUACGUUUUAUAAUUGUAGUGUUUCGUCCAUUCGUUGGUGAGGUCAUUGCUGCAAGGUUCAAAGAAUCUGAUUCCAAUGGCUUGCGCUUGACUCUUGGAUUCUUUGAAGAUAUAUAUGUGCCUGCUCCACUUAUACCAAGACCUAACCGCUGUGAGCCUGACCCUUACAAUAGGAAUCAAAUGAGAUGGGUGUGGAUAUUUGAAGAACAAGAGUAUAUUAUCGACGAUUCAUGUCAGAUCAAUUUUAGAGUUGAGAACAUUAGCUAUCCACCUGUUCCAACUGAGCAAGCAGAGGACGCAAAGCCUUUUGCUCCUAUGGUGAUCACUGGGACUAUAGAUGAUGAUGGUUUGGGCCCUGUUUCUUGGUGGGAGGGUUGUAGUGAGAGGAAUAAUGAAGAUGAUGAUACAUGAACCAAACUUCUUCAAACUAGUAUGUUUUUCUUAACAUAAGAAGUUGAGAUUAGAUUCCUUGCCCAUUAUACUAGGAUUAGAUUCCUUAAUUUGAUUUUAUCAGUGUAUGAAGAGAAAAGACAAAAAAGUAUUGAAUAUGGUAAAAAUAUUUUUCUUAUC